AAAUAAAAAAAUAAAAAGGUUUUCUAUUAACUCACGACAUAACUCCACCACGUCCUUGUUGUCACCAGCAGAGUAGAUACGAGACAAGACAAGUACUCUACUAAGAUAAGAAAGUUUGGGGAGUAAUGUCACUUUGUCCUUUUCCAUACCCAUACCCUUCCACGUUUAUAUUAUCAUCAUCAUCAUUAUAGCUCCUUCAUUUCUCUGUGAAUAUUGUUUGUUCUUCCAUUCAUAUAGUGAUGGCAGGCUUGUUAUUUGGAAGGUCUAGGAACUUACUUCAGAAUAAGGUGCAGAGGUUUUUGUUAACAUUUAUUGCAUCACCGACUAACAAUUUACCUACCGCUUCCAAUUUCUCUCGUUAUGAAUCCACUAAAGCUCAGGCACAGUUGGAUUUGCAGCACCAUGACCAUGAUGAUGAUCAGGUAAUUGAUUUUCCUGGAGGCAAAGUUGGAUUCACUUCUGAAAUGAGAUUCAUUUCUGAUACUUCUCAUAAAAGGGUUCCAUGCUACCGAGUCCUUGAUGACGAUGGACAACUCAUGAAACACACCAAUCAUGUUCAGAUUGGCAAAGAAAUGGCUGUGAGGAUGUAUUCUGAAAUGGUGACACUUCAAACUAUGGACAACAUAUUCUAUGAGGUGCAGAGGCAAGGAAGAAUUUCAUUUUACCUCACCUCAAUGGGAGAAGAAGCUGUUAACAUUGCAUCUGCAGCUGCUCUUUCUUCUCAUGAUAUUAUCUUCCCUCAGUACCGGGAGCCUGGAGUUUUGUUAUGGCGUGGUUUCACUCUGCAACAAUUUGCACAUCAGUGCUUUGGAAACACAAAUGAUUUUGGUAAAGGAAGACAAAUGCCUAUACACUAUGGCUCUAACAAGCACAAUUACUUCACAAUCUCAUCCCCCAUUGCAACACAACUUCCUCAAGCUGUAGGCGCUGCUUAUUCGCUCAAAAUGGACGGAAAAAGUGCGUGCGCUGUCACUUACUGUGGAGAUGGAGGCACUAGUGAGGGAGAUUUUCAUGCUGGUAUGAAUUUCGCAGCAGUAAUGGAUGCUCCGGUUGUUUUUAUCUGUCGUAACAAUGGAUGGGCCAUCAGUACCCCCGUCGAAGAACAAUUUCGAAGUGAUGGAAUUGUGGUGAAAGGUCAAGCUUAUGGCAUAUGGAGUAUAAGAGUCGAUGGAAAUGAUGCUUUGGCUGUUUAUAGUGCAGUUCAUACUGCUCGUGAAAUUGCUAUAAAAGAACAAAGACCAGUUUUAAUUGAGGCUCUGACUUAUAGAGUAGGACACCACUCUACAUCUGAUGAUUCAACUAAGUACAGGCCAAUUGAUGAGAUUGAAUAUUGGAAAAUGGAAAGAGAUCCUGUGAGUAGAUUCAAAAGAUGGGUAGAAAGGAAUGGUUGGUGGAGUGAUAAGGAUGAAUUGGAGCUUAGAAGCAGUGUCAGAAAGCAGACAAUGCAUGCAAUUCAAGUGGCAGAGAAAGCACAAAAACCUCCACUUGAGGACAUGUUUAAUGAUGUCUAUGACCAACUUUCAUCAAACCUUGAGGAGCAAGAAAGAAUACUUAGAAAAACCAUUGAGAAGUAUCCCAAAGACUAUCCUUCUGACGUUCCUUUGUAGAUUUUUACAACUCAAAUAAUCAUUUGUACUGAAGUUGACUGGCAUAAUCUAAAAUAAAGUUGGGGGUUGCAUUGCAUAUUCUUCUUCUGAUA